AAGCUGCACACAGAGACGUCUGCGCCUGGAGCAUCGCAUUCAUCUGUGACAAAAGUAUUUAGUAAAAUGGACAAACUUAGUUGCCGUAGUGAGGGUCUGGUCUCUGCACGGUGAUUGGUUGCUGACUGUCACGGGACGGAGUGCAGGGAUUUCAUUUCUGUGGUGAAAAAAAAGCCUCUUCCUGAAUUACACAGACGGGAUUAAAGAUGGCUGGCCACAGAUUGGUACUGGUGCUUGGAGACCUUCACAUCCCCCAUCGAUGCAACGCUCUGCCAGCCAAGUUCAAGAAGCUGCUGGUCCCAGGGAAGAUCCAGCACAUCCUCUGCACCGGUAACCUCUGCACCAAGGAGAGCUACGACUAUCUCAAGACGCUGGCCGGGGACGUCCACAUUGUCAGAGGAGACUUUGACGAGAACUUGAACUACCCAGAGCAGAAGGUGGUGACGGUGGGCCAGUUUAAGAUCGGAUUGAUUCACGGGCACCAGGUCAUUCCCUGGGGAGACCUGGCCAGCCUGGCUCUAUUACAGAGGCAGCUGGAUGUGGACAUUCUCAUUUCUGGACACACCCACAAAUUCGAGGCCUUUGAAAACGAGAACAAAUUCUACAUCAACCCAGGAUCUGCCACAGGGGCUUACAGUGCGCUGGAAAGCAACAUCAUCCCGUCGUUUGUAUUGAUGGAUAUCCAGGCGUCGACCGUUGUAACGUAUGUGUACCAGCUCAUUGGGGACGAUGUCAAAGUGGAAAGAAUCGAGUACAAGAAGCUGUAAAGAAGGCGCGGUGAUGGGUCCCUUUGUACUGUCUCAUUCCUUUCAUCUUGCAGCUCAACCACCGAGUUUCAACGCUACAACUGUAUUAUACAUGUUUUGCUAACAUUAAAAAAAGAUAUAUAAAUAUUCACUGUCAUUUUUAUUUAGCAGCAGAGUGCUGCUGUUAGUUUGUUUGAAGAAUUGUACAAUAAUGCAACAUGGUUUGUUUGAAAAAAAAAGUUUAGUCAUGUAAAUAUUCUCUUAAAUCCCAUUAUUAACUACUGGAAAGAUAUCGUUUAGAAAUGCCGCAUGGAACAUUAGAGGACUUCAUUUGCCCCAAUGUACUGAUGUUGUAAUAAAACUUCAUUCGUGUUUGA